CAAAAAAUCAGUUGCGAAUUUAGGGUUCUCGAUCAAAAUCAGCAGCUGUAUAUUAUCUCGCAUACUGCAAUCGAAUUGAGCUUUGAGUAAAUAAGUUGUUAAACCCUCGAGAUUAGAAGCUAAAAUUCACUGCAAAUCAAUGACCGCCGCCGCCGCCGGCAACAACGGCACAGCCGCAAGUAAAUCUCUGAAAUCGCCGAAGCAGAAGGAGCUGCAGGGGCUGCUAUUAGACCGGUACGACGUCGGAAAGGUCAUCGGCCACGGGACCUUCGCGAAGGUGUACCACGCGAGGAACGUGAAGACAGGUGAGGGCGUGGCGAUAAAGGUCACCGACAAGGAGAAGAUCUUGAAAGUCGGUCUAAUGGCGCAAAUCAAGCGCGAGAUCUCGAUCCUGCGGCGCGUCCGCCACCCAAACAUCGUGCAAUUGUUCGAGGUGAUGGCGACCAAGUCAAAGAUCUUCUUCGUGAUGGAGUUCGUCAAGGGCGGCGAGCUCUUCAGCAAGGUGGCCAAGGGCCGCCUCAAGGAGGAGGUGGCGCGGAAGUACUUCCAGCAGCUGAUCUCCGCGGUGGCGUUCUACCACGCCCGCGGCGUCUACCACCGCGAUUUGAAGCCGGAGAACAUCCUCCUCGAUGAGGACGACAACCUCAAGGUCUCCGACUUCGGAUUGAGCGCGAUUCCUGAGCAGGUGGUGGUGGUGGUGGUGGUCGGAGGAGGAAUGGAGGUGGUGGUGGUGGUGGUGGUCGGAGGAGGAAUGGAGGUGGUGGUGGGACCCACUACAAAAUAAAAGAAAAAAAUAAAAAAAAUUCAAGGAAACGGUGUUAGACGUCCGUUUUCUUCGUGGGUUAAGUUGCAUAUUUUUUAUGUACUAUAGGGGAGGUAUUUGCACCAAAGUCGAGUGUGGGGGGCUAAACGCUCUAGGGGGGUCUACUUUAGGGACUAA